UAUAAAUAUUUUAUUGGCAGGCUUGAAGCUACAUCAAGUUGCUCAUACGAUUUUGUUGCAGUGUACGACGGGCCGACAACAGAUUCUGCUUUGCUUGGAAAACUUUGCAUUGAAGCAAAUGAAAUUUUUACAUCAACAUCCAACAGUAUGACAAUUCAUUUUCGAUCAGAUUCCAGUGUAACCAGCAGUGGCUUCGCUGCCAGCUACAACGAAUGGCCCAACUAUAACGGUGGAUCGUGUGGAGGUUAUCUUGAUAAUGCUAAUGGAAUUGUUAGCAGUCCAUAUUAUCCAGACUCCUAUCCAAAUUCCGCAAGCUGCAUUUGGCACAUAAGAGUGGAAAGCCACCAAAUAAUUGAUCUGCAAUUUAGUGACUUUGAUCUUGAAAUGGGUCAAAAUUGCCUGCUUGAUUAUGUUGCAAUAUAUGAUGGCCCUUCAACAAAUUCUACUUUGCUUGCAAGACUUUGCUCAAAUCCAAGUGAAGCUUUGAUAUCGUCGUCCAACAGUAUGACAAUUUAUUUUCGGUCAGAUCACAGCGUAACCAGCCGUGGCUUCAUCGCAAGAUACCAAUCACUUCCCAUCAAUAACGGUCAUAUGUGUGGAGGUUAUCUUGGCGAUGCCUUUGGAUCUCUUUUCAGUCCUGGUUAUCCAUACCCCUAUCCAAAUAAUGCAGACUGCAUUUGGUACAUAAGAGUGAACAGCACACAAAAAGUACUGCUGUGGUUUUCCGUCUUUGAGCUUGAAGCUACAUCAAGUUGCUCAUACGAUUUUGUUGCAGUGUACGACGGGCCGACAACAGAUUCUGCUUUGCUUGGAAAACUUUGCAUUGAAGCAAAUGAAACGUUUACAUCAACAUCCAACAGUAUGACAAUUCAUUUUCGAUCAGAUUCCAGUCAAACCAGAAGUGGCUUCGCUGCCAGCUACCACGCACGGCCCAACAAUAUCGGUGAGUUUUGUUAAAAUACUUGUCUCAAA